UUUCUAUUGAAGCCUGGUUCCAGACCAUCAUCGGUUUUGUCCAAGGAACACCACAACCACCAGCAAAAUGUUGAAUAUUUUGCAAUUCUGUUUCCUUUGUUUAGUGCCAUUGGCGGCCUCAACUGCUCCCAACUUGAUGGCAAUUCUCUCUCAGCAGAAUGUCACCAUUAUGAUUGAUCUCAUCGAGGCUGCUGAUCUUGCUGAUUACGUGGCAAUGCAAGGUCCCAUGACACUCAUUGCUCCCACCGAUGAAGCAUUCAGAAAUCAACCAGCAGGUUUUAUCGACGAUCUAAAAGCAGACAAGGCCCGCGUAAAGAAUUACGUUAGAUACCAUUUGAUACACGGUGACAUAUUCAGCUGGGAUAUCUCACGCAGCACCAACAUCCGGGCACAAAAUGGCCAUAUCCUUCGCUUUUAUUAUCAGCCGAAACACUUUGGAGAAGUACCCACUCUGAGAGUGAAUACAGCCGAUGUGAUCAAACACGAUAUCCAAGCUAAUAACGGUGUUAUUCAGUUGGUGGAUGAUGUCCUUAACGUGCCCGAAGGUACAGUGGAACAGGUACUUCUGAAUAACGGCAACUUGACCUCCAUAACUAACAUCACAUUUAUUAGCCAUCUGAACUACUUGCUGAAUAAAACUCGAGCUGGUCGUCGUCAGACAGUAUUUGCACCAAGUGAUGAUGCUUUCGAAAGAAUGGACCAAACUGUUUUGCAGAAAAUCCUCCAGCAUUCCAAUCUAGCGAGAGGUUGGUAUGAUCUAUCUAUCUAUCUAUCUAUCUAUCUAUCUAUCUAUCUGUCUGUCUGUCUGUCUGUCUGUCUGUCUGUCUGUCUGUCUGUCUGUCUGUAUGUGAUUUUAGAAAAAAAAUUACAAGAACGCAACAACGACCACACCAUUACACCGCGAAACAUUGCUCGGAAAACUAGCAAACAAACGCCAACAACAACAGCAACAGCAACAACAACAACGGUACCUUCACACCUCAACGAAUAA